GGAGGAAGCGGAAAGUUUCGGGUUGAGACGGAUCGAGCGGGGUGGGGCGCGGGCUGCCUGAGCGGGACUCGGCUGGCUGGGAACGAGACACCCCCCGACCCGUGCGAGUGUGCCUUCUCACUUGGCUGUCUCCAGACACUGAAAACUGUCUUUUACAUGUUCUCAGCUACAUCUUCUUUGAGUCAAUAUGGGACCCAAGAAGCGAGUUGAUGGGAAAAAGCUCUCCCAGAAUGGAAAAUCGGGCAGAGAUGGAAAUAUCCUGAAAUAUGUUACGUGCAAUGAGAGGAAUAAGCAAAACUCUCCCUUGAAAAACCCACUUCCCAAAAGGAAGAGAUCUGUGAACAGCACACCUCCUCUGGGUGACACCAGUAAGAGACAGACAAGAGAGAGCCUCUUAAUCAGUCAGAAAUCCACUGAAGAGGAGCAAGAAUUCACCGUCAACUUGGGUGAUGGUGGCAAGGAGCAUGUGGUGAAAGGCAGAACCCAUGACAGCAUCUACAAAGCCCUGACGGCGCUACCAGACAUCUGUGCUCGGAUGAAAAAAGAGAAGAACAAGGAGAUGCAUCUAUUGGGGAAUAAAGGGAUUGAGGGGUAUGUUAACUUGGGGAUGCCUCUCAAGUACAUUCCUGAGAAUUCCCACUUUGAAAUGAAAUUUUACAAAGUGAAUUCGAAUCAGAAAAUAGGAUACCGACAGUAUGAGAGCAAGGGAAAGAAAUGCAUAACAUUUUAUGUCUCCUCUCUUGGCAGUAGAUGGGAGAACAAUGCUCGAUACAGAAUUCUUUGGUGCCAGCAGCUUGCUAAAGACCAGAGCAAGUUGUGUGUCUUUGCCCCAGAAGGGGAGACCAUCAAGGAUGCCUUGUGCAAAGAUGGCCGGUUUUAUUCUUGCCUGGAGAAAAAAGAGUGGCAGUUGGUGGAGAACAAGAAGUACAGACCUAGUGAUUACUGUGUCGAUAAUCUAGCCAACAGGUCAUUUGAGGUGGUGGUUAAAACUAAGCCCCUGCCUUGGAAGGUUGAUUGUUCAAGGAAUGAACAAUCCUGCAUGGCCUCCGAGGAGGGGCAGGGGAAGACUUACCAUUACUUUAAACAUACUAUCCUGGCCCUGUAUUCUGACUUGAAGAAACAAAGUGCAGUGAUUGACAAGCUCUUCGCAGAAGCCUUUGCAGAAGCCUUGAAGCAAGGGAAAUCGAACAGUGCUGUGUUCAAACUGUACAGGGAGAACUUUGGGAAGGAGACUAAGAACUCCACUCUUAUUAAGGUGCACAAACGCCUUGGUGUUCUCAGUGACUCUGUGGGGUUUAUAGAGUGGGCCAACAAUGGAAAUGAUGGCUCUGCCACUUGCUUUGUCUUGCAUGGUAAGUAUGUACUUACCUGUCAUCAUGUGGUAGGGCAUAUUGUUGGUGAAGGAGUGGAGGAGAAGGACUGGGCGUUGAUAAUCAGUCAGUCUGCCCGUGUGACUUUCUCUUAUGAAGAUAAAUACCCAAAGGAAAACAGCUGGUUUUCACUAGCUCCUUGGUUUGAAAUAUCUGACAAGCAUCUUGAUUUUGCUGUCCUGAAACUGGAAGGAGAUGGAAGCUUGUUCCCAGCAGGUCUAGUGCAAUUUUCUUACCCAUUGCCAUUUAAUGGUCUAAUCUAUAUAAUUGGCCACCCGGAUGGGCAAGCGAAAUCUGCAGAUGGCUGUACUGUGGUCCCUGUAUUUGAGCGGAAACGGGAGUGCCAUUGUCGUAUCCAGCGGGGUCAGAAGGAGGUGUGCAACAAUGUCAAAUGUGGCCCAGAGGACAGGCAGUGCAUCCACAUGUUCACCCAAAGAAGUUUCCAGCAUGUGAUCAACAAUCCCAAUGUAGUCACCUAUGACACCAGCUUCUUCUUCGGGUCUUCCGGCUCACCGGUGUUCAAUGCAGAUGGCCAGCUGGUAGCCAUGCACACCGCUGGUUAUAAAUAUAAAAAGAAUAAGCAGCUGCACAGCAUCAUUGAGUUUGGCUUUUCCAUGGAGGCCAUCCUUGCAGCAAUUAAAAAGAAUUCUAAAGCCUGGUAUGAGUUGGAGCUCCCCUCCCUUUGGGAAGAUGCUGGAUCUUGUCCUGGUAAGCAUGAGGAUUUCACCAGUGCUUACACCAAUGACAUAGAAAUGGAAACCUUGGAAUAAAAUCUCCAUCUUCGAGAGCCUCCCCAACACACGCAGUGCAUUUCACCCUUCAUGUUGAUCUCCAUGCUUUGAAGUCUCCAUUGUUCCUGACAUGAACUUUCUUUGGUUGGUGAUUUCCUACCAACUGCAGUCUAGUUAUACCCCUCUCUGCUUUCAUUAUUCUUAUUGAAAUGCCUGGUGACAAACCUUGAAAUAACUUUUUAUUUUUAAUGAAGGGUGGUUAGUAUGAUGGGGUCAGUACCUUGCGUGUGGGAUUCUUUCAUAAGAAAUGCAUAGUCUUUGGACUUUUAAAGGCUGAGCUAGAGGGAGGAGUGGUUCUACAAAUAAUUAUCAACCAUUCUUAAAAUAUAAUGGUUAUAAACAUAAACAUAAUUAAUAAAGAAAAAUAAUAUAAAUAUGUAAUAAAAUAUUACACAGUUUUUUUAAAAAUGCAAAAGCUACUUUAAUGCCACAUUAAAUUAGCACUGUUUGAAAACGGUCAAAGGAUUCCACAACAUUAACUUGUCCCCCUGCCCCUUGUGCAAUAUGUGUAUUUUGUUAUGCAUUGAAGAUAUAAAGAUUACAUUAAAUAGUGGCCACAGAGGGCCUGCUUCUUUUUGAAGUUAACGGGAAUGGGCCUUUCAAGAAAAGAGGAAAAGAAAAUACUACAUAUAUGCAGUGUGGCAGAGAUAACACUGUUGUAGAAGCCUUCAUUUUUUGCCUUGUCUGACUGAUUUUUAACUUCAUUAUUGCAUUAAUGUGGCUUUUUGCAUUUAGUUUCCUAGUUCUCUCUCUCUCAUUAAAAAGUGGAGCUGGGUGGAAGCGAGAGAAACACUUCUACUGAAACCAUUGGGAGUUGUUGUAAGUUCUGCACAGUUGCCACUAUUAAUUGCACUCUGCUUGAAAUAUGCAAGUGAUCUGGUACCCUUGAAAUGUACAGAAAGCCAGAAGAUCUGGGUUCAAUUCCCAGCAAUGCCAUAUACUUCCAAAGUGGCCUUGGGUGUGUCACUUCAUCUCUCUAUGCCUCAGUUCCUGUUGCUAAAACUGGAUUCUUUGUCCCACCCUUUGUCUGUCUUGUCAUUUUAGACUGUAAGCUCUUUGGGGCCUGCGGGGUCUGUCUUUUACUAUGUGUAUGUAGAAAUUCUGGCCUGUGGGACCUCAGCCCUGGUUGGGGCCUGUAGGCACCACAGUAAUAACUUAAUAGAAGGAUAGUCAUAGUAAUAGUUAAAUUGUAACAACCGUAACUUAAAACUUCUAUAGCUAUGCAUCACUUUGAUUGUAACCUUUAAAGCCCUAAAUGGUAUGGGACCAAGUUACCCAAGGGAUUGCCACUGCCGCAGCUGAGGUUGAUAGAUUGACUCUAGCUUGAGCUCCUCUCCCUACUCAGUUUAAAAGGUUUCCUCAGUUUUGAGAAUUCAGUCCUCCAUUUGCUCCAUCAGAGCUUGGACCUGUUAAUUGUUUUGGUCUUGCUGCAAAGUCUGUCUCUUUAUAUGGGUGUUAGGGAUGGAGGGUUCGUGGGUUAGAGAUUCAGUGGGCUUGGAUCUGGAGUGAUGGAUAUAAAUUUUUAUAAGUAUUUAGCUUCACCCUUUAAGUAAAGCCAACUACAUGCAUGGAAAAUUAAAAGUACCUAGAAUCUGAGAGAGAUGCUGGGGAAAAAUGCAUAAUAUUGACAUGAAUCCCUUGAAAUUAAGUGAAUCUUUCUACUGUGCCUGCUUCUCAGAGCUAACAGUCACAUAUUAGCGUGCACUAAAGUUCACACUUAUGACAUGUAUGUGCAACCCAUCUCUAAAUUUGCCAACUCUGAGUCAAUAGCACUUCAUGCUGUGCUUGCUGGAGUACAGUGUCCCAUUCUGGAUGCCGCACUUUAAUAAAAAUGUGAUAAAUUGAGGUCCAGAGGAGAGCCACAGAAAUGAUAAAAGGUUUAGAAAACCUGACCUACAAGGAAAGGUUAAAAAAAAAAAAAAAGGGUAGGUGUGUUUAAUCUUGAGAAAAGAACGCUGCGAGGAGACCUGGUAACAGUCUUCAACGGUGCUAAGGGCUGUUAUAAAGAGGAUGGUGACGAAUUGUUCUCCAAGUCCAUUGAAGGUAGAACAAAAAGUAAUGGGCUUAGUCUUCAGCAAGGGCAAUUGUGGUUUGACAUUAAGGAAAACUUUCCAACUAUAAGGAUAGUUAAGUUCGGGACUAGGUUACCAAGGGAGGUUGUGGAAUCUGUCAUUGCAGGUUUUUAAGAACAGGUUGGACAAACACCUGUCAGGGAUGGUCUCGGUUUACUUGUCCUGCCUCGGCGCAGGGGACUGCUCUUAAUGAUCUCUCAAGAUUCUUUCUAGCCUUACAUUUCUAUGAGUCAUAGAUGUGAAGGCCACAAGGUCUGAUUGUUGCAUAUUGAUCAGACAUGGUACAAAUGAUCAGUACAGGACCAACUAAUACUCUGGCCUGUGCUAUGCAGGAGAUCUGACCAGAUUAUCAUAAUGGUCCCUUCUGCCUUAACAUCUAUGAGUCACUUAAUUGUUUUUUUCAGAUUUAGUCAUGGAUGUUCAUUUCAACAAGGACUAUUUAUGUGCUAAGAAUCAAGCUUAUAUGCUUUUUUGUAUAGUUAGUCUAGAUAUCUUUUUUUCCAGUGAGGGAAAAGACCCCUUUACCUUCAUAUGACUAGAACAACAAAGGUUUUUUCCUUAAACUUUCUCUCAUCACUCUCUUUUGAGCAGAAUGAGGAAAUUUGAGACUUUUUGGUAACUUAUGAGCAAGUAAAAACAGGGUUGUAAUGUUAUCUCCUUAACUAUAACAAGUUGUGACUGGCAAAUGCUAAAUGGAAUGGCUUGUUCAUUUUAAGUGGUUGCAGAUGUACCAUCUUAGCAUUUAUCAGAUCUCAGAUUCUAAAGAGAGCCAGUUUAGGCUGAUACUUAAACAUGAUGAUAGCAGAUGACAGAACGAGGAGUAAUGGUCUCAAGUUGCAGUGGGGGAGGUUUAGAUUGGAUAUUAGGAAAAACUUUUUCACUAAGAGGGUGGUGAAACACUGGAAUGCGUUACCUAGGGAGGUGGUAGAAUCUCCUUCCUUAGAGGUUUUUAAGGUCAGGCUUGACAAAGCCCUGGCUGGGAUGAUUUAAUUAGGGAUUGGUCCUGCUUUGAGCAGGGGGUUGGACUAGAUGACUUCCUGAGGUCCCUUCCAACCCUGAUAUUCUAUGAUUCUAUGAUUCUAUGAUUAUCCAUGUGCAGCUGGUAGUAGUGUGGGUGAGUCUCUAAUUCUGAGCCCAUUCACUGCCCUUGAGAUAGGGGGCUCUCUGCUGGCAGAGGUGCUGUUUUCUGGAAGAAAUAUGAAAACAAGACCCCAAUCAGUUGCACGAGCCUUGGUAAAUUGUUCCAAUGGCUAAUUACCCUCACUUUAAAAUCGGUGACUUAGCUCCCAUUUGAAUUUGUUUAGCUUCAACUUCCAGCCAAUGGAUCUUGCUAAAUGUUUGUCUAUUAGAUCAAAGAGCUCAUUAUCAAAUACUUGUUCCUUGUGCCAUGUACUUAUAGACUGUGAUCAAAUCACCCCUUAACCUUCUCUGUGUUAAGCUAAAUACAUUGAGCUCCUUGAGUCUCAGUGUAAGGCAUGUUUUCUAAUCCUGAUGGCUCUUCUCUAAACCCUCUUGCAUUAGAAAUAGCUACCUCAGUGGUGGGCAAAUGAUUCUUAUGUACAUGACUUGUAAAACACUUUGGGACCUUUUAGGAGGAAAGAUGUCUAUUAACACAGGCCAUUAUGAUUUUAUAGGCUAAAGUCUGAACCCCUGCUCAGAGAAUAUCUUUAAUAAGAAUAAUCUAUAGUGUUCUGGAGUCUUCCACCUUCUUUUUCUGCUGUAGUGCUCAGGGAUCUUGGGAAGUAAAGAGUUUCCAAGUAAAAGGACUUGUUUUCUCUUUUGUUUCUUAGUGUAUUAUUUGGCUAUUGGUUUUUAGGUUUCAGUCUUUAUUGAAAUAUGCCAUGUGCUGCUUGAUCAGUUCUCAGAAGGGACUGUACUUUUGGUUAACUGUAUUAGCACUAGUUCAGUCUGAGUCUGCUCAAGCAUCUAGAAACCUCUAUCAGGGGAAGGCCGUGUUAGUCUGUAUCCAAAAAAACAACAGGAGUCCAGUGCCGGACUUCUUGUUGUUUUUGUAGAAACCUCUAGUUCCCCAUGAGCAUGCUCAAAGGCAUCGCAUAGGCAGUAGAAUAACCAAUAUGAUAGCAAUAGUCACUUCCGUACUAGCAUUACUUUAUCAUUAGCAUAAUUAUCCGCAUACAAGCAAUUUGAUACCCACAGGAACAUUUAGUGACUGUAUAUAAAAUCCUGUUGUAUCCAUCCAUCUCUUUGCUUCAAGGCUUAAGAUGAGCAUCGAUGGCAAGGCAGGAAUGAAUUUCCCCCAUGUGGUGCACAAUUGAGCAGGUGUAUUAUGGGAACUUUUCACCUUCCUUUGAAGCAUGCAGGGUUGGCCAUUGCUGAAGAGGGCAUUUUGGACUAGAUAGACCAGCGCUAUGAGUUUGAUGUGGGGUCUGUUCCUUAUUGUAGUUGUACUCCCAUAACCUGAGUUAGGAUUAUGUUAUAUGUAGGGCCCUUCAUUUUCAGUUUUUAUUUGAUUUUUUUUUCCCCCAGGAAUUUAUCAGUGUUUAUUACUACAACAACAAGAACAGGUGAAAAUCAGUGCAAAAAUUACUAAUUUUUCUGGGUAAAUAUCAGGUUUAUUUUGGUGGAUGGAAAGCCAGGGGGAAAAGCAUGCAGUAGAUUGAUGAACAGAAUUCAAAACAUUAAUGUGAUUUGCUGCAGAACUAAAACUGAACUCAAAACACAAGGCCACCUCUGAGUUUAAGAAAACAAUAUUUCUCCAAUUCCCAAAUAAAACUUUUCAUGUGAAUUAACAGUUUAUUGAUGUAGACUUGGAACUAUUAGCCUAUAAAUAUUUACAUUUAUUAUUUGGGCCACACCAUUUGCAGCGUAUACACUCAGUUUUAUCCUUUUCUCCUGUUCUUGUUAUUUUAAAAACUUUUGAACACUUCCUUGUGUUCUGAAACAUAUUCUGAUACAGAUUUUUGUUUUCUUCCCAUUUUAGUGUCAAAUCUUUAAACCAUUAUCUAACAGCUUGAAAUGUAUAUGUGAGAUUCAUCUGUAUGUUCAGAUGCACACACACUUCAGAGCUUUUGCGCAUGCCUGUUUGUUGGUGUGUAUCUUCCACACUAAUACAUAGCAUUACUUCAACAGGAAGCUUUGCAUAUACACACAGACUAAUUUAUUGUCCUAAUAUGUAUAUCUCAUGCAAUGUAUUGUAUUUUCAUAAUAAAAUUUAUUUUUUAAUAUAUUUGAAUGAUACAAAAGUAGGGUGAAAAUCAGGAAAAAAACUGAAUAAUACUUUUCGUAAAACCUGGGACACUUUCGGUACAAAUAGUUUUAAACUGAAAACGAAGGGGCUUAGUUAUAUGUAGAUGGAUUUCCUAAAUAACUAACAGAUCGGUAUUUUGUGUGCCUAGUGAAGUUUGCUCUGGCUCUCAAACAAGGAGCUGCAUGAAGUGAGAACCAGGACAUCAAGCUCUCUACAGAGGAUGACACACCUAUGACUAAAAUUAGCUUUAAAUUGGGCUCAGAAAUGACACAUUUCUAUUAAAGAGACAGUCAGGUUAAGCUUGUCUUAGAACUUGGGCUUGAAGUGGGGAAGGAUAGGGGAGUUUCACUCAUUUUGUCUUUAAUUUCAGUGUGCUCAGUGCUCUAAGGUGGUAGAAUCCUCUUUCUUAGAUGCCUGGCGGGUGUGUCUUGCCCAUGCUCAGGGUCUAACUGAUCACCAGACUUGGGGUUGGGAAGGAAUUUUUCCCCAGGUCAAAUUGGCAGGAGCUUUUGGGUUUUGGGUUUUUUUUGCCUUCCUCUGCAGUGUGGGAUGUGGGUCACCUGCUGGGAUCAUCUGGCAAUAGCUCAACUAAUCAAUUCCCUGUCAUUGCAGGAGCCUGGGCAUUGGUGGUACCUAGGUCUCUUCUGUUUUCUGUCUGUGGCACAAAACCGCUUUAGUCUCCCGAGUGACUGAAAUGCUUUGAUCAGGCUAAAGUCAUUGUGCUUAAUAUAAGGAUAUCUGGGUAAAAUCUAAUGGCCUGUGAUAUACAAGAGGUUAGACUAAAUAAUCUAAUGACCUUCUGCCUUCAUACUCUGAAAUCAGUGAAAUUUUUAAAACAAACAUUGUCGCCUUUGCAAUCCAAACAUCACAGCCUUGGGCUGAGGUAUGAGAAUUAAAUGAAAGUGACUAAACUAUUUUCAUUUCUUAAAUUGAGGCAAGUGCUAACAAUAUAUCAAGGUCAGAAGUAAAUACUAGCACAACCUUAUAAAGCUUUAAAAAUCAAUCUGAGAAAGGAAAGUUGUGUUUUUAAAUAUUUUUGAACCUGACCAUGUCCCUCCAAAAUAUAAACUGAAAAAAAAUUCAACUUUGGAGAAAAUAAACUGGAAAUUUUUUCUUGUUUUUUUUUGUGUUGAUGCCCAUGUACUACAUAUGUGUAUAUAUACUGUUGUGUGAACCAAAUACCAGCAUUUGUACUUCUGUAUCCUGCCAAUUUAAAUACAUUUUUUUAAAAAUGU